UGGCGCGAAAGUGCGCGCGAGCCGAGCUGCGGCUUCCAUUUAGAACGUUGUGUAUCCUUUUGUAUCUUUCUGUGGCCUCAGCGUUCCAUCCGUGGCCCUCGGCCUGCGGUCGCAAUGGCGCAGCGCCGAGUCACCGACUUCUUCGCCAUGCGCAAGGGCUCGCGGACCGGAGCCUCGGCCCUCCGCGGCCCCUUGAAGCUCCGCAGCAGCCCCGCCAAGUCGGAGGGGGCCCUGGACACUGGGGCGCGCGCCCGGCCCCGACUGGUCUCCCCACGCACCCCGGCCCGGGCCCCCGGCGCCCCGGACCCGGUCCCGACAGGCACCCCGAGCGGCAGCGGCAGGAAGCGGAGCCGCCAGGUCUCGGACCCGGCCCAGGAAGCGGAGGCCCCGCCUGUGCGGCGCGCGGCCCGCAGGAGGCUGCUGCUAUCCGCCGACCCCGGAGCCCCGGAGGUCACGGUUUCUAGCUCAUGUUCAUCCACUUCCCCCUCUCUGGGGGAGGAGGCAAAGACUGUUCCCCUCUCACCAGCCUCGAAGCCCAGCCUGGGGUCCUCAGAGGGCAUCGGCCACUCAAAGCCAAACCUUGUUGAACUCAAGUCUCGGCUGCAGAAGGUUCGGGAGCUGACCCACAAAGCCGCACCCCUCACCUCUACCCCAACUGCCGCAAAUGCCAGCAUCAACCUCAAAAACCGACUGCAGCGAGCCCGGGAACUGGGGGCCCGGAUCCAGGAUCGGGCUUCUGGUGGUGGGAAGAAAACUGAAGAGCCAGGUCCCCUGGAGGUCGGGGAGCCCACUGACGCUGAGCCAUGCACCUCAAAGACCCCUGCACCUGCCUACGAGCGGUUCCACACCCUUGCCCAGGCCGGCCCCCCAGGCCUCACACUGCCCUACAAGUACAAGGUGUUGGCUGAGAUGUUCCGCAGCAUGGACACCAUUGUGAGCAUGCUCUUCAAUCGGUCGCAGACGGUGACUUUUGCCAAGGUCAAGCAGGGCGUCCAGGACAUGAUGCGCAAGAGGUUUGAGGAGCGAAAUGUGGGGCAGAUCAAGACUGUCUACCCAACCUCAUACCAGUUCCGGCAGGAGCGGAACAUCCCCACGUUUAAUGACAGCGUGAAGCGAUCAGAUUAUCAGCUUACCAUUGAGCCUCUGCUGGAGAAGGAGGAGGGUGGGGAGGGAGCUCCCACGCUGUCAGCCUCCUGCCUUGUGCAGCGCCGUCAUACCUUCAGCAGGAACUUGGUAGACACUGUCAAGGAACACCACAAGGUUUUCCUCGCCUCCCUGAGCCCGCCGUUGGUGGUGCCAGACGACCAGCUAACCAGGUGGCACCCCAGAUUUAAUGUGGACGAGGUGCCGGACAUUGUCCCCGCCGAGCUGCCGAAGCCACCUCACACAGACAAGAUCACGACCGCACAGGAGAUGCUGGCCAGAGCUCGGACAAUGCUGACGCCUAAGAUGGAAAAGGCUUUGGCUCACCUGGCCCUGAAAACAGCUGCCAAUAGCAGUCCCGCCUCGCCAGAUCUCAGCAGCCCCCCCAAACCAGGGUCACCCAGUCUCAGCAGCCCCCUGAACCUAGCUUCACCCUCCAGCUCCCCCAGUGCCCUGAAGGGCGUCUCCCAGGCUCUGCUGGAGCGGAUCCGUGCCAAGGAAACUCAGAAACUGCAGGCGAUGAUGACCCGCAAACCCCAGCAGGAAGAGCGGUUGCUGGUGCUGUCCAGGCUGCCUGAGCUGGCACGCAUCCUUCGGAGCGUCUUUGUGGCUGAGAAGAAGCCGGCGCUGACCAUGGAGGUGGCCUGUGCCAGGAUGUCCAGCAGCUACCGCUCGUCUAUGCCACCAGGAGAAAUGGAGAAGCACCUGCAGGUCCUCUCAGAGCUGCUUCCUGACUGGCUCAGUCUCCACCACAUCAGGACGGACACCUACCUGAAGCUGGACAAGUCUGUGGACCUGGGGCACAUUACCCAGAGACUUGCCCGAAUUACCCAGGAGGAGGAGAAGCUGUAAUGAAUUCAGGCCCUUCCUUCGAGAUGUGGCUGGACUCUGAACACUGGAGAAGGAAGUUAAGGUUUUGGGUGGAGAGAGAGAGAGAGAGAGAGAGAGAGAGAGAGAGAGAGAGAGAGUGAGAGAGAAAGACUGACUAAAUCCCAGGAUACGGGACCUUCUUCUAUUUUAUCCUCAGUGGAAAAUAAAGAUUUUUCUUUGUAGAUGGAGGGUGUUAUAAAAGUUGGACACCCUGUUCUGAUCUGUUUGCAGCCUCUGGGCCAUGUCUGUCCUCACCACCUCCCCCCUGGGCUUGGGGCAGAUGACCAAAAAGAACCCAUGAGCAAGGUUUGACUUACUACACAGGAUGGGCCUCUGGCCUCACUUCCUAUGCUCAGGGUGCAAUCCACUACUAAAGGCCCAGCGAACGGCCUGCCACAGCCUGUGUGUCGUGUCUACUUUUGCUGGAUGUUAAAUGUGUUAGCAUUAAACUUUUAUGGAGUUUUCUUUUGUUUGUUGAAUGCUAGAAUUAAGCAUCUCAGAGCUGCUGUGUUCUCCUUGGUGUCGGCUUGGGCCCAGAAGAAAGACAAC